UAGGGUAAAGCUUAUUAGUAUUAUACAGUAAAAAAUAGUAUCAAACUGUCUUCUAGAUCUUUGUCUUUCCAUCCAUAGAACAGUGUAGCCUCUCCCCUCAUCAGAGAAGUGUUUUUCUCACUGCAUGACAGUUAAUGAAGACUUCCAGCUGCUCAGAGAGCCAAUAAUUAAGUAACCACUAAGGGUUCAGCCCAAAGUGGGACAGCUAUCUCCUUGAAUCAUUUUUCUAAAAGCAAAGUCUCCUCAAACAACCAACUGAUGAAUGUUGUGAGUUUAGAAUUUUGCCUUGUGAUCCUUCUAAAGUGAGCUCUGAGAUCACUUGAACCAUCACUUCAAAUCUAGCACCUUGCUCAACAUUAAACAGUUAAGUUUGGGUGCUGAUACAAAAAGAAUGUCACAUUCUACCUCUCUAUUUCCUCUACCUCUGCUUACAGCAGCAAUCCUUUGUCUCUGACUUCCUGUUUCUGGCACUUGCCUUCUUCUGUGAUGUGUUCAUAGUUCCCUGUCUGUGGUUAAGUAGACACAGAGCUGGGUUUAGUCUCCCCCUCUCUCAUUCAUUUGUGUGUAUGUGUGUGCGUAUGCUCUCGAGCAUAUACCCACACACACAUAGGAGUGCUUCUCUCUUCUCUCUCUCAGAAUGAUGGUUCUGGGUAGAGCUUUUGCUACGGUUUUCUGUUUACUUCAAGCUGUUUCUGGAGAAAGUGGCAAUGCACAGAAUGGAGACCUAGAAGAUGCAGAACCUGAUGCAGACUACUCCUUCGGGUGCUACAGCCAGUUGGAAGUGGAUGGAAACCAGCAUUCACUGACUUGUGCCUUUGAUGACCCAGACAUCAACAGCACCAAUCUGGAAUUACAAAUAUGUGAUGUUCUUCUACAGAUGGGUUGUCUAACUCUUAAUAAGCUGCAAAGGAAAUAUUUUGUAAAGACAGGAAGAUUCCUACUGAUUGGUAAUAGCAACAUGUGUGUGAAACUUGGAGAGAAGAAUUUAACUUGCAAAAAUAUAGAAAUAUCCAAGAUAGUUAAACCUGAGGCUCCUUUUGGCCUAGAAGUAGUUUAUCGAAAAGAAGCAAAUGACUUUUUGGUGACAUUUAAUACAACUCACUCAAAAAAGAAGUAUGUAAAACAUUUAAUGCAUGACAUGGCCUACCGCCCAAAAAAGGGUGAAAGUAACUGGACGCAUGUACAUUUAAUGAAUACAAAAACAACAAUACUAGAACGAACGCUAAAACCUAAAGCAGUGUAUGAAAUCAAAGUCCGGUCUAUCCCCGGUACCAGAUACUUUAAAGGCUUCUGGAGUGAUUGGAGUCCAAGUUCUACCUUCAAAACCCCAGAUCCCUGGAGUCGAGUGAGAUGGGAUCCUGUUUUGCCAAGUAUCAGCAUUCUGAGUUUUUUCUCUGUGGUUUUGUUGGUCAUCUUAACCUGCGUGCUAUGGAAAAAAAGGAUUAAACCUAUUGUAUGGCCCAGUCUCCCUGAUCAUAAGAAAACUCUAGAACAACUAUGCAAGAAACCACAAAAGAAUUUGAAUGUGAGUUUCAAUCCUGAAAGUUUUCUGGACUGCCAGAUUCAUGAGGUGAAUGGCAUUCAAUCCAGAGAUGAAGUAGAAAGCUUUCUGCAAAACGACCAUCCUCCACAACCUGAUCUUCCACCUGAGGAGCUGGAGAAUCAGGAACAUGGAGCAUCUGUGCAUAGCCCAAACUGGCUAUCUGAGAUUUCAGUCAGCAUACCAGAAACUGUCAGAAGAGACUCACCCCUAAGAUUCCUGAGCAGAAAUCUGAGUGCAUGCAAUACCCCUACAUUCCCUUCCUCUAGGUCCCUUGACUACAGAGAUGAUGACAGGAAUGGACCCCAUGUGUAUCAAGACUUGCUGCCAAGCCCUGGAAAUACAAAUGGUACCCUCCCUCAACUGUUUCCUCUCCAGUCAGGAAUCCUGAUACCAGUUUGUCAGAGACAGCCCAUCCCCACUUCCUCAGUACUGAAUCAAGAAGAAGCCUAUGUUACCAUGUCUAGUUUUUACCAAAACAAAUGAAUUAGGAGAAACCGGAGACCCUUCUAUCACAAACAGAAUGAUCACUGGGAUGGAAAGUCUAGAAUGCCUACUCUCCCUCAUAGUUCACAAGAGAUAAAGUUGAUGCAACCUUGCUACACAUCAUCAGCAUUCUGAGAAAUCAUUUUGAUCUCCUAACUCAGAAUCAUUUGCAUAAAACAGAAAGACUCUCUUUCUACCUUGUUGGUUCAGUCCCAAGAGUUCAGAUGACCUGAUUAAAAAAUAUGAACAAAACUCAAAUUAAAUAAAGAGUAAUGGGAAGAUAGAAGGGUGUGGUGACACAAGAAGAAAGAAUAGAAGAAAAGAAGACUAACAGUGGCAGUUCUAUCGUUAGGACUUAGUAUAUAUACAGGACUCUACACAAAUGGUCUCAUUUCUUCCUCACAAUAAUACAGCAAUGUGGGUUCAUCCACUAUAAUUGUUAUACUCUUUGAGAUAGAUGCUGAAGUUGAGAGUAAAGAUUUUAAGUAAUCUGUCUGAGUUUUCUUUCAGCAGCAGGUAAGGCAUGCCUUCUAACUUCAGCCUUCCCUUGUCAUGAACCUGUCUUAUUCUUGAGUGCCAAACACCACACUAAGUGGGUGAUUAUAUAGUAAUUAUUCAAACUUGGUCACUGUGGAAAUGGGAAGUCAGAGAUAAGUAACAGUAAUCAUAAACUGGGUCUGCCUCAGAAAGUGUCUGCAAAGAAGAAAGUAGACAACAAAACAUAUUUAUGGAUAUGAAGUACCAAGACUUUGUGUCAAAGGAAGUGAGAGAAAGAAGAGAGUCACCAAGCUCAUUUGUUUUUAUUUGUUUAUUUUGAAUAGCAAAAGUUCCAGAGUCAUUUAUCAAGACCAUGAUCCUCCCGCUGCUAUUAUCCAUCUGCCUCCAUAUGAGAUCAUAGAAGCAGCUAUGGACAAUCUACAACAGUGUGACACGUAACCAGUGAUUGGAGGAAUUGCCCUCCUAUGUGUGUAGAUUCCAUUACAAACUACCCCAAGUUUGGUGGCCUUGGAUGCUGCCUGAACUACAGGGAGGCGGGGAUGUGAACACUUUAGUGAUUUACAAAGCUGAGAUUAUGCUCAUGAAAGGACAAAGAAAAUAGGUGAGUUGCUCAAAUUCGAUUGUUAAUUCAUGACUAUAAGCCGCAACUUUGUAUUCCUGGUGUGAAUAGCCAGGCUCCUGAAGAAAACAUCAUGUAACUGAAGGACAGCAUUGGGUUCCUCAGCACUAAAAUCCUCUGUUUCAGUGUUGACAUUGGUUAUUUGAAUUUGGUGUGUCUGUCUGAUCAUGUAUUAAAUCCAUGUAUUAUAUUCACAUAACCACAACUGCUGCUAAUUCUUAUAUACUCAGGAACAGCAUGUAAUGUAACAUUUCUGAUUGGAUCUGCCAAUUUCACUUUUGGUUUUCAUAGAGGGAAUUUGUGCCUUCAGAUCCAAUUAUGGGCUAUUUCAGAUGUGUAUACUUAUGUUUUUUCAGAGCUAAGAUUGGGUUUGGGGAUUUUUUAAAUAUUUUUUAUUUAAAUUAGAAACAAUCUUAUUUUACAUAUCAAUCCCAGUUCCCUCUCUCCCACCCUCCCAUGCCCCCACCAAACCCUUGUGUCCCCCACCCCCCCAUCCAUUCCCCAGGGAGAGUGAGGCCUUCCAUGGGGGAAUCAUCAAAACUUGUCACCAGAGCUAAGAUUUGGAACUGUCAAAAAUCCUAAGAAUAUGUAGUAGGGAACCUGGAAUACAGCUCGGGUGAUAUUUUUGUGAGCUCAGCAGUUUUUCUUUGGUGUUGUUUAAAACGUCCAGCAUCCACUACAGUGAAAUUGCCUGAGUUGACUGUACUAAUGCAUUAUUAGUGGCCUGCAGAGCUGUUACAUAGAGAUGUAUGGCAUGUGUUAUCAUUUCACAUUUCAUUAAAUGCUAAGGAACCCCA